AUGGGGAGCGUGAACCGAAUUCUGAUGACAAAUGGGGACUUUCUAGGAUGGACACGUAGCUUGUCUUUCGACACAUUUUGUAUUCUCGUUGGGCCGAUGUCUUCUACUGCAGCAGAAGUUAGUGGGGAAGAACAAACACUGAGAAGAACAAACGAUGAAGACGAUAGCUUAUGUACUGGAGAAUUCGAGAUCAUAUCUUGUGAUUCUAUAAGUUAUGAGAAUCCUGAGCGUCGUAACACUGAGACUCCACAGUGGUCUACGCAACACAGUAUAAACGUUGAAUCAUUGGUACCUCUGAAUAAUCUAGCGUCUUUACUCUGUGCCAACCAUAGUGAUCCACCAACUACUACUUUUUGGGUACCUGCAUAUUGUAAAUAUUCACCAUCUCCGAUAAAUGUGAGCGAGUGGGUUGAUUUGCUUACGGAGGGUCUUAAGAAAGCGAAUGCCGAACUAGAAGCUGCAUACCGCCAAAUUGCUGAUUUAACACAGAGUCACGAUUCAAUCAGUGACAGAUACAAGAAAUUGAGUGAAGAGCUGGAUGAGACUUACGCGUUACUAAUAGCAGAGCGAGAGCGUGUUGCCCUUGCAGAAGAUCAGCUCCGUUCGCUCCAGUCUGGUACCGUUUUUUCACGAUAA